AAGUAGCAUGUUACGAAUCAAAGCGUGUUACAUACGAGAUUGUGGCUUGGCAACCUUACGAUAAAACAAGAAAAAGCUCGUUCUCAUCUUACAGACCAAGACGUCUUCAUUCGACACAGGAACCAUGGCUCUGGUGUAUCUGUUCUUUGCAAUUGGUUUUGUGUCAGCGCCAGAACCCCACCCCCAUGUGGACUGCAACCAUGACCCACAGCAUUGCAUACAAGUGGCGUUAGUAACGACUGAUCCGAAGGAAUGCGAACAUAUUAUUCAUUACCUCCAGGAUUGCCAUAGUUAUGUGAUCGAUCAUGUAUGUGGAACCGACCAGCGUACGUAUCCACACAAAUGCGAGCUUGCUAAAGCAAGAUGUCACACACUCAAUCUCGACCAUGGGGUCCAUGUACUUGCCCUAGCACACGAGGGUAGUUGCAGCUCGACCACUCAAAUACAUGUUCUUGCAGCCAUCACUCAUCAUUGCCACAACGAUCCUGUGUCGUGCAUAGAGCUUGCUAUUCAUACCGUAGAUUCGACUUUUUGCCGUGAGUUUAUUAACACAGUGGACUGUACCCAUAUACAUAGUGGCGGUGGUUCACACGCGGAUAGAACGCAGCCAGUAUGUGGUACGGACGGCGUGUCAUAUCCACAUCAUUGCGAAUUUGCAAGAGAAAGAUGCAGGGUUAUUCUACAAACAAACAAUAAUGUGAACGGACAGCAAGUGUUCAAACUAGACAUUGCUCACGAUGGCAUCUGCAAUCUGGUGACAGUAGCACCGAUUUCAAAUUGCGCAAACAACAGCUGCCUUGACCCGAGUCUCAGUGGCCCAGUGGUCCAGCAAUGCCUUCAAAUAUUGAAACUGUCGUGUACGACUGGCUCGGCUGUCUGUGGAACAGAUGGACAAACAUACCGAAAUGACUGUGAUUUAGCGAAGGCUCAUUGCUUGAAUGUCAACCUGACAAAGGCCUACGACGGAACAUGUGGAGUCUCCACCCAACAGACAUCGCAGACGACACAAGCAUCAACGAACGCUGCGUCUACAAGUUCGUCUUCGGCCCCGACAACUCCCCCACCUCCGACCACCUCAACCUUGCCUCCAACGACAACAAUGUCUGUGACGGACAUCCUCGUGACUGUCUUCUGCCAGAACGUGGACUCCAUCAGCUGCAACACCGGGUUCAAUGUGAUCUGCGGUUCCGAUGGAACUUACUACCCUAACGAGUGCGAGUUAAGCAAAGAAUCGUGCAAACAGAAAGGUUUACACAUAAUGCCGGACGCAAGUUCAUGUACCGUUCCAUCAGGCUAGGUUGUCAUGUAGUUAAUGUGAUAACGUUGUUAGAUACAAAAUAAACGCUAUUCAUAGCUUAACAUAAUGUCUUUCCAUACAAUAUAAUAAAAUCCGAUUCUGCUUGAAGGAACCACACUGUU